GAGUAAAAAAAAUAAAGCCUCCGGAGACGCAAGAGACUAAAACAGCCGUUGAAGAAACUGACUGAACAAGAUGCUGCUGAAGGGCCUUCUCAUUUUUCCUUCCAUUCUUUGCCUCUUGUCAUCCUAUGCUGCAGCAGGGCCGACGUUCCUGCUUACUACCCCUUUAGAUAUUCGUCCUGGAUCAAAAUUCAUUUUAGGAAUUGAUAUACUAGAAGAUAGCCCACCUUUAGUAAAAGUUGAAGCUGAAAUUCGUAAAGAUAAUACUUCACUACUUCAAGGAGAAGGAGUGUUUCAAAGAGGAACAUUUGGAACAUUGAUUCUUCCACAAGACCCACGUGGAAAGUUACUUGAGCAAUGGAUGGAAGAGGAAGCUGAAUUAGGAGUUGUUUUAAAAAGUUUUCAGUUAAGUGAUAAUCCACCACUUGGAGAUUGGUCGAUACAAGUAAAAUUACAACAUCAAACUCAUUUUCAAACAUUUACUGUAACCCAGUAUGUUUUACCCAAGUUUGAGGUCGUCCUGUCCACUCCCUCAUAUCAGUCAAUAAAAAGUGGGUCAUUAGAAGGCACAGUUACUGCGAAGUAUAACUAUGGAAUGCCUGUGAAAGGAAAGCUAAAUGUUACCUUAUCAUAUGCAACUAUUUUUCAGCAAAAUAAUGUCACCAAAAUAUUUGAGAUAAAUGGCAGUUCAAAAUUUAGUUUGACUAAUUCAGAGCUGAGAACAUUUUUGAGAUAUGAAGAAGCAUCAUCUGAUUCCAAACCUUUAACCUUUGCUGGUCCAAUAGAUGUUACUGCCAAAGUCACAGAGGAGCUAACAGGUAUUUCACAAAACCAAACUUCCAGCAUAUAUGUUAUUGAUAAAGAAUACUACAGUGAAUUUUACAACUAUCCCACAGUUCUCAAACCAAUGCUCAACUUCACUUCUUAUCUUAAAAUUAAGAGAUAUGAUGGAAAAAAGCUGACUGCAGAUGAUAGACUACAUGAUGUUUCUGUAACAAUAACUCAGUCAAAAAUGUUUUUCACUGAAGGGACAAACAUGUUCCCAGAGGAUGAAAUGAAUGUUGCAAUUCAGCAGGUUAUAACUUACACACUUCCUGAAAAUGGAAUAAUUCGUAUCGAAGUACCUGUAAAUCCGGAUACGGUUCAUUUAAAGAUCAAGGCAGUAUUUCUAGACAGUACCAAUUCAAUUGAUGUUGAUGAUUUAUUUAAUUCACCAAAUAAGGUAUAUCUACAGAUCCAAAAUGGAAUCCAGGAUGUAAAGGUUGGAACUCCAUUUAAGCUUGAUGUAAAGAGCAACAUACAUUUGGAUGCAAUAAAAUAUCUGGUUAUGUCCCGGGGUCAGAUAGUACAUGUUGGUAAGGAAAAUAGUAUGUCAUUAACACUGAAUCCUCAAAGCUCAUGGACUCCGGAGGCAUGUUUAGUUGUUUACAAUACCUUGGGUGACGGCACGGUUGUUAAUGAUGUUACCACUCUCUCUGUUCACCCUGACUUUGAAAACAAGAUUUCUGUUUCCUGGAAUAAAGAAAAAGCAAGCCCAUCAGAUAGUGUAUCACUAAAGAUCAACGUGACUGAGUCUAAUUCUUUGGUUGGGCUUUCAGUUGUGGACAAAAGUGUGAAGUUACUUGGAGACAGGCAAGAAAUUACUACAAAACGUAUAUCAGAAGAUUUGAAAGAUUACAGCACAGUUCAUCCAAGACGUAUCACUGAUCCAUACCAAGUUUUUGAGAGAUGUAAUAUUGGUGUGCUCACUGAUGCCAUCCUUAAAAUGGAAGAGGCAAAUGAUGAAUUGGUUAAAGUUAAUUAUGAUACAUCACAGGACUUCCAGCCAACAUGGCAAUCUGCUGAUUUUGGUAGCCCUCAUGUUAGGUCCUAUUUCCCUGAGACAUGGAUCUGGAAGAAUAUUAAUAUGGGAAGUGAUACAGAGUUGGAGUUAAGUACUGUUCUACCGGAUACCAUCACUACUUGGAUAACAAAUGCAUUUGUGAUUUCUGAGAAUUUGGGAUUUGGAAUUUUAGAGUCUCCUGUGCAGCUGGAAUCCUUUCAGCCAUUUUUUGUUUCCUUGAAUCUUCCCAAUUAUGUCACCAGAGGAGAACAGUUUGUUUUGGAAGCUGUUGUUUUCAACUACUUGGAAGAAGAUACUGAGGUUUCUGUGACCCUUGAACAGAGUGAUGCAUAUGAAAUCCACACAGAAUUUAUAAAUGCAACUGGAAGCCAAAAAACCGUAUCUGUCCCAAGUCAAGAAGGAAAAAUGAUUUUCUUUCCAAUUAAACCGAUUCAGCUGGGCGAGAUUCCAAUCACGGUGAAAGCCAUAUCCUCCCUUGCUUCAGAUGCAGUGAUUCAAAGGCUCCUCGUCAAGGCUGAAGGAAUAGAACACUCAUAUUCACAAACUUUACUUUUGGAACUGAUCAACAACAAACCGCAAAAUGUCUCUAAAGCUUUGAACUUUACAUUCCCUCCUGAUGUAGUAAGUGGCAGUGAAAAGGCAUUUAUCACUGUUGUUGGUGAUACUCUAGGACCUUCAACCAGCAGUCUGCAGUCACUAAUUCAACUUCCUUAUGGUUGUGGUGAACAGAACAUGAUAAGAUUUGCCCCUAACAUUUUUAUAAUGGAAUAUCUAACAAAUACAAGGCAGAUCAAUGGCAUUGCUCCAAAAUUGAUUUCAUAUAUGAAAGAAGGAUACCAGAGAGAACUUGUCUAUCAAAGAGGAGAUGGAUCUUUUAGUGCAUUUGGAAAUGAUGACCCUUCUGGAAGCACAUGGUUAUCAGCAUUUGUCCUAAGAUGCUUUUUAAAAGCUCGUCAGUUUAUAUUAGUUGAUCCUGCAGUACUGCAUGAUACUCUGACAUGGCUUCUCAAUUAUCAGAAAAAAAAUGGAGAAUUUUGGGAACCUGGAAGAGUAAUAAACACCCAACUUCAAGGAGGUCAUUAUAGUCCUGUUACUUUAACUGCAUAUAUAAUGGCAGCGCUGAUUGAAUACCCUGGACUCCUGAAUUCUACUCAAAUAACAGCUGCUACAAAUUAUUUGGAGUCUCAGAUGAAUGAAGUCAUUUCUGAUAACUACACUCUAAGUCUUGUGACAUAUGCGUUGUCAUUGGUUGGAAGAAACAAAGCUAAAGAAGGUCUAGACCUUCUAAACAAUCGAGCUGAACGUGAAGGUGAUUUACGUUUCUGGAAAUCUGAUGUCCAAACAGUUUCUGGAUGGUGGCAGCCAAGCUCUAUAGAUAUAGAAACAACAUCUUAUGUUCUAUUGUCCCAUGUGAUUCAAAAUCAAAUGGCUGAGGGGAUAGCAGUGAUGAAAUGGUUAAGCCAGCAGAGAAACUCCCUAGGAGGAUUUUCUUCCACUCAGGAUACCAUAGUAGCUUUGCAAGCAAUGUCACUAUUUGCAUCUAGGUAUUCUAUCAACAAACCAUCCUUACACAUAUCAGUGGAGGGAGACCAGAUGGCUUCUACAAGUUUCACAGUCAAUUCCGGAAACCGGAUGUUGCUUCAAACUAAACCGAUAACUGCUGGAGAAAACAUCAAUCUUACAGUUAAUGCAAAGGGUGUCGGCUUUGCCUUGUUGCAGCUUCACGUCAUCUAUAAUGUGCAUCCGGUUUCCUCCAGGGCACGUAGAUCCACAGAUAAUAAAGAUCCUUUUAGUUUAGGAAUCACAGUACAUGAUGACGAAGAAAACACUAAUACUUUAACACUGAAUGUAUGCACAAGCUACCUUGAAACGGAGACCUCAACUCAAACUGGGAUGGCUAUUAUGCAAGUGGACUUGCUCAGUGGCUUCAAACUAGCUCCAGAGGGUAUAUUAAUGAAAUAUCCCAUUAAGAAAAUAGAAGAAACUAUGGAUAGCAAAGUCAAUAUUUAUUUUGAUAAUAUUAAUCAAACAGAGGUAUGUGUGGAUAUACCUGCUACCCGAUAUUCAAAGGUUGGCUACACUCAAGAUGCUUUUGUAACUGUUAUCGAUUAUUAUGAGCCAGGAAGAAGAACAGUGAAGAACUACAAUUCAAAGGUUAUGCAAAAUCUAUCUCCGUGUACAUUCUGCAAAGAUGACUGCAGAGCAUGCAAAAAUAACAGUCACAGCUUCCAUCUAUCAACGACCAAAAUUCUUUCAAAUGUGCUGCUGAUGUUGUGUUAUUUACUACUCUAAAGAAAUCCAGAGUACAUUAUGAAGUGUGCUCUACAGGUGUACACUUUGUAGCAGAUGCCCUUGACUUUGUUUCCUUGUAGUACCAUGGUAGUAGUGUGUGAAUCAAUUGACAAAACGAGGGAACUAACCAAAUCUGUAAAUAUUUGGAUUU